CGCUCAUCUCUUACGCCUCUGCGCGCUCCUUGCACGCAUACAUCCACCUCGGCUCGUCCGUAUUUCGCUCUUCAUACCACCGCUCGUCACUGUUUGUUGUCGUUUACGCGGCCGAAAUAUACACAAUGAGCCAACAGGACAUGGCUGAGCAGAACAUUCAGGUGUGGAAGAUCAAGAAGCUCAUCAAGAGUCUGGAUAGUGCUAGGGGAGCUGGCACGUCCAUGAUCAGUCUCAUCAUCCCACCCAAGGAUCAAAUCUCUCGUGUCUCCGCGAUGCUUACCCAGGAAUACGGUACCGCAUCUAACAUCAAGUCUCGUGUCAACCGUCUUUCCGUGCUCGCGGCGAUCACCUCCACCCAGCAGCGCCUUAAGCUGUACACCCGUGUACCUCCCAAUGGACUCGUCCUGUUCGUCGGGACCAUCCUUACCGAUGAAGGCAAGGAAAAGAAAGUAUCUUUCGAUUUUGAACCACACAAGCCUAUCAAUACGUCGCUCUACCUUUGUGACAACAAGUUCCACACCGAAGCGCUCUCUGAGCUGCUCGAGUCCGACUCCAAGUUCGGCUUCAUCGUCAUGGACGGCAACGGCACGCUCUUCGGCACGCUCGCUGGGAACACCCGCGAAGUGAUCCACAAGUUCACCGUGGACCUGCCCAAGAAGCACGGUCGUGGUGGUCAGUCCGCACUGCGUUUCUCCCGCUUGCGUGACGAGAAGAGGCACAACUACGUGCGCAAAGUCGCUGAGCUCGCGGUCCAGCACUUCAUCACCAACGACAAGGUCAAUGUUGCUGGGCUCGUUCUCGCCGGUUCUGCGGACUUUAAGACCGAACUGAGCCAGAGUGACAUGUUCGACCCCCGCCUGGGGGUGAAAAUUAUCAAGGUCGUCGACGUAUCCUAUGGUGGCGAGAACGGGUUUAACCAGGCGAUCGAACUUGCCGCUGAGAGUUUGGCAAAUGUCAAGUUCGUUCAGGAGAAGAAACUUAUCCAGAAGUAUUUCGAUGAGAUCUCCCAGGACACUGGAAAAUACUGCUUCGGAGUGGACGACACUCUCAAGGCACUCGAGAUGGGCUCCGUGGAAACCCUCAUCGUCUGGGAGAAUCUUGAUGUCACUCGCUACGUCUUGCGCAAUGCCGCUGGAGAGGAAAUCAUCGUCCAUGCCCGCAAGGACCAGGAGAAGGACCGUGAAAAGUUCAUUGACAAGAGCACCGGCCUCGAGAUGGAAUCGAGCAGCGAGCCUCAGUCGCUGCUCGAGUGGUUCGCCGAGCGCUACAAGGACUUUGGUGCCGAUCUCGAGUUCGUCACCGAUCGUUCUCAGGAAGGCGCCCAGUUCGUCAAGGGCUUUGGUGGGAUCGGCGGUAUCCUCCGCUACAAAGUCGACUUUACGAACCUGACCUCCGUGGACGACGAUUCCGACGAGUUUUAUAGUGACGACGACCCUAUGUGACUCGCGCCAAUGCGCGAGGCUCCCAAAGCCAACAAGCAGGGGGAGGUGGGGGGGAAGGAGUCGGCAGUCGAGGUUUGGGGGACUGCACCGGUGGUGGAGGUGAACAGCGAGAAAGGGUCGAAUGUGCACAACAACAAGGACAGGCACGGGCACGGGCACGGGCAUGACGAUGACGAUGACGGAUGUGAGACGACGAGAGGUAUCUUGAGCAUCGUGCUCGAACAGAAGGGGAGGCUCCCGGCUCUCGUGCUGCGGUAUGUCAACCCUUACUCCGCAUUUGGGACGGCGUGCAGCACGACCCACUCCCAGGCAGCGGCGUGCGGCGCUGGACUCCCACUGAGCAUCAGGGCUGGGGAUUAGAUGUUGUAGGAUAGAUGUUCGAGAAACUCGAUGAAUUGCCCUUGUCGGCUAUGCUGUUGAAUGAAUAUGCACUCCCUUUGUAACCUUG